AUGAUUAUUAGUUUUGUAACUCAUGUUGAAUUGUUUAUUUUUUUCCCGUUAAAAAAAAAAACCACCGUACUUUUGAACGGGUGAUAGUGAUAUAGAAAUCAGGCGCUGAGAUUUUUCUAAUGUGCGCCGUUAUUUACAAUAUAAAAGGAAUGAAGUUGAAUUGGAUUAAGGAGCCACGCCUUGCUUAUAUGUACGUAAUUUAUAUAAUUACUUGUUAGCGCAUGUUAGCAGUGUUUUAAGGCGGGAUUGGUGGCGGUCAAUGCCACAGUCAAACGUUUUCGAGUUAGUUUAGUUCUCUACCAUGCAAGUCCCACGAAGCACUUUAAUCGUUUAAAAUGACCGUAGUGCCCAUGAUUAUAGCAACUUUAGUUAAGUGUCUAUGGGGGCAAAAGAGUAAUAUUUUAGUACAUAGUUAAUUUCGUUUCAGCCUUGUCUUAAUAAAGAUGUUCAAGUUAUACAAACUUUUUGGGUCAACACUGUUAUAUAUUAAUACAUAGUUUUUUUUUGUGGGAUUUUUUUUUUAAUAUUAUGUAUUUAUUUUUUAAAAUUUUGUUAUCUUUUAAAAGGUUCACAAUAAUUAAAAGAUGAAAUAAAAUAAUAAAAGGUAGAUAAUUAAUUAAUGGGUAAAUUGGACUAAUUCUGGUACAACGUUGGCUAUAUUGGGAAUGUUUCAUUCAUAUAUUUCCUUGUGUGUUCUAAUUUUCAUAUAUCUACCUUUUCUAUAAUUAGUGAGUAUGUACCACUAUAUAUACGUAGGGGGCAGCAUAUAUAUAUAUAUAUAUACAUAUUCUAUUUAGUUUUUUUUUUCAUUAAAAUUAACAAACUUUUUAUUUAUCAUAUAAAAUUGGGAGAUCAAUUUGCAUCGUAUUGUAAAAUAUAUCUAUAAAAUAUAUAUAAUAUAACAUCGCUAGAUCUCCACCACAUGUCAUAUUUUUGUUCAUGUAGGGAGUGUAGGCAACACUUGGCACAUAUAUUUAAUAAUAAUAAUAAUUCUUUUAAUAGUAUUGGCAUUUAUGCAAAUUGUAGUUAUGAUAUAUUUAUACACAACCCCCCACUCAAAUCAAAUUUCAUUAGAGGGAUUCGCUUUUUUUGGUCACUUUCUCAUUUUUCUAAUUGAAGCCAUGUGUAUCAGUUUUUUUAUUAUCAAUUCUUCAAAACUUUCACUUUUUUAUUUGUUAACUUUUUCCUUUUCCACAAGAGUGAAACAAAAAGUUUGUGCUUAAUAAAGUUCUAUAUAUAUUAAUACCAUAAACGGUCUUCAUUCAUUAAUUAAGAGGUAGCUGAAAUAGUUCCACCAAAAAAAAAAAGCACUCAUAAUCAUAUGGUAGAUAUAGCUGGAUUUUUCUUUUUGAAUCCGAAAAUGGGAUAUCAACAAAACCCGGAAUCCAUGUGUAAAUCAAAAUUCGAUGAUGUUGGUGAGACUAUUUUAGGCUCUUAUACAUCAUGGCUGGCCAAACAUCCAUCUGCUUUGGAAAAUUUUGAUGAGAUGAUGAGCAAGGCUAAGGGAAAAGUUAUAGUAGUGUUUUUGGACUAUGAUGGAACUCUCUCCCCAAUUGUAAAGGAACCUGAUCAAGCUUUCAUGUCAGAAGCUAUGCGUUCAGCAGUACAUGAAGUUUCUCUAUGUUUUCCUACUGCAAUCGUUUCAGGAAGGCGUCGAGAUAAGGUGUUUGAAUUUGUUCAAUUGGAGAAUGUUUACUAUGCUGGAAGUCAUGGGAUGGAUAUUUCAACCCCAUCAGCCUCCAAAAUGUGUAGUGAUCACAAAUGUCAAACUAGAACAACUGAUGAAAAGGGGAAUGAAGUUGUUCACUUUCGACCAGCUCAAGAGUUUCUUCCUAAGAUUGAAGAGAUACUAAAGGCUCUGAAAGACAAGACAAAAGGCAUAAAAGGAGCCAUUGUUGAAGACAACAAGUUCUGCAUCUCUGUUCACUUUCGACAAGUAAUAAAUGAUGAGGAUGUUCGUAUACUUAAAAAGAGAGUGGAAAAGUUGAUAGAAGGUUACCCCAAGUUCAGAAUUUCUUCAGGGAAAAAGGUCAUGGAGAUUCGUCCUAGAAUCGAUUGGGAUAAAGGUCGUGCCCUGCAAUAUUUGCUAGGGACUCUUGACUUAGGUACCUCUGAUAAUAAUGUCCUCCCAAUGUAUAUAGGGGACGACAAAACUGAUGAAGAUGCUUUCAGGGCUAUACAAGUUGGACAAGGGUUUCCUAUUGUGGUUUCUUCAACACCAAAGGAGACUGUCGCUUCAUACUCCCUCAGAGAACCAACUGAGGUCAUGGCUUUUUUGAUACGGCUAGUGAAGUGGAGAAAAAGUGUUUCAUAGAGCCAAUGUUCAUUGCCUAUGAAAAGAGCUUAGCUAUUAAUAUGUUUAUAUAAUUAUGGUUAUUAUUAGUAGCUAGUGUGAGAUGAUAGUAGGUGAUUAUUAAAUUUGCCUGUGUUUUUUGACUUGGCAAAUUUAGGUUGCUGUGUGUUUCACUCCUCACCACUUAUGUAAAAGUGAUGAUGCUGACAUGGCUUUGAUAUAAUGGUGAGUACUUUUGCAGAGUAGUAAUCCCAAAAAAGAAUAGUAUUAGGUAAUAUUAUUUAUUAUAGGGGAGAACUAUAGAAAGCAUAUGAUUUAUGUUACAUAUUGAGUUUGAGGGGGCAACCUCUUCAACUUUAGUGUUGUCUUUUCAAAUAUAAUAGAUUAAAUUAGUGGUUGAUGGUUUCCUUUUCUUUUU